UGGUCGCUCCCCUUUACUCCUCAUCCAUCGGUGCCUCCUCCCGCUACAGCAUCUUCUACUCGUCCAGCUUCGCCCGGCUGCACAGCAGCAGUGGCUGGUCUCCAGACCCCAGCGACAAGCAGCCCUGGCUCCAGAUCGACCUGAUGCAGAAGCACAAGAUCAAUGCGGUGGCCACGCAGGGGACGUACAACACGUAUGACUGGGUGACGCGUUACAUCGUGCUGUACGGGGACCACCCCAGCAGCUGGAAGCCCUUCUUCCAGCUAGGGAGUAACUGGACGUUCUUUGGGAACGUGAACGAGAGCGGGGUGGUGCGCCACGACCUGCACUACCCCAUCCUGGCUCGCUACAUCCGCAUCAUCCCCCGGGCCUGGAACCCGCGAGGCAAGAUCGGCCUGCGCCUGGGCCUGUACGGCUGCCCCUACCGGUCUGAUGUGCUGUACUUCGACGGGGACGAUGCCAUUUCCUACCGCUUCCGCGGCAAAACUGUCCGCACUACCCAGGACAUCUUUGCCUUCAACUUCAAGACGAUGGAGCGGGAGGGGCUGCUGAUGCACGGCGAGGGCUCCCAGGGGGACUACAUCACCGUGGAGCUGAAACAGGCCCAGCUGGUGCUGCACAUCAGCUUAGGCAGCAGCCCGAUGCACUCCAGUCAGGGACACACCACGGUGACAGUGGGCAGCCUCCUUGACGACCAACACUGGCACUCACUGCGCAUUGACCGCCACGGUCACCACGUCAACCUGAGCCUGGACGGGGAGGUCAGACGCUUCCGCUGCAACGGGGACUUCCAGCAGCUGGACCUGGACACCGAGCUGUUCUUCGGCGGCGUGAUCAGUCAAAAGAAUCGGAGCCUGGUCUAUCGACAGAACUUCCGGGGGUGCAUGGAGAACAUCUUCUUCAACAGGGUCAACAUCAUUGACCUGGCCCGCAGGAGAGCGUCCAACAUCCGCUUCGAGGGCCACGUCAGCCACUACUGCCGGGAUCAGCUCUACAUGCCCAUCACCUUUGCUGGCAUCAACAACUACCUGGAAGUCCCAGGCAUCCCGCGCCGGAACCGCCUGUCCGUCAGCUUCAAGUUCCGCUCCUGGGACACGGUGGGGCUGCUGCUCUACACCAGCUUCGCCGAGCACCUGGGCUCCCUGGAGAUGGUACUGAGCAACGGCCAGGUCAACGUCUCCAUUGCCCAGCCCGGCCGCAAGAAGCUGGAAUUCGCUGCAGGGUACCGGCUGAACGACGGCUUCUGGCACAUGGUGGAGCUGGUGGCGCGGGACGGCUCGGCCGUGAUCACCAUCGACGACAACGACGGGGCCGAGUUCCGGGUGACCCACCCCUUCCAGCUGCGCACCGGGACCCAGUACUUCUUUGGAGGCUGCCCCAAACCCGCCGCCAUCACCGGCUGCCUCUCGAACCAAACAACCUUCCACGGCUGCCUGCAGAGCAUCAGCGUUGACGCCCAGCCUGUGGAGCUGGACCUGCUGAGGCAGGAGCGGCUAGGGAAACACUCCAACGUGUUCUUCAACAUGUGCAGCAUCGCCGACAGGUGCACCCCCAAUCUGUGCGAGCAUGGCGGCCGCUGCCUGCAGUCCUGGGAUGACUUCACCUGCGUCUGCAACCUGACGGGAUACAAGGGAGAGACCUGCCACAAAUCCCUUUACAAAGAGUCGUGUGACGCGUAUCGGCUCAGUGGGAAAACAUCUGGGAACUUCACCAUCGACCCUGAUGGCAGCGGGCCCCUCAAACCCUUCACCGUCUACUGCGACAUCCGAGCCUCAGAGGAUCGGGCCUGGACCAUCGUCCGGCACAACCGGUACUACGCCACGCGGGUGAGGGGCUCCAGUUUGGACCGGCCCUUCCUGGGCACGGUGGAGUACUGGAACGCCUCGUGGGCGGAGGUGGAGGCCCUGGCCAACGGCUCCGAGUACUGCGAGCAGCACCUGGAGUUCUCCUGCUACAGCUCCCGCCUGCUCAACACACCCUAUGGGCCGCCCUUCAGCUUCUGGAUGGGCCGCCACAACCAGCGCCAUUACUACUGGGGGGGCUCCCCGCCGGGCGUCCAGCGCUGCGCCUGCGGCCUGGACAAGAACUGCGCCGACCCCAAGCACUUCUGCAACUGCGACGCCGACCACGCCCAGUGGAGGACGGACAAGGGGCUGCUGAACUUCGUGGACCACCUGCCCGUCACCCAGGUCGUGGUGGGAGACACCAACCGCUCCCACUCCGAGGGCCAGUUCCUGCUGGGGCCGCUGCGUUGCUAUGGAGACCGGAACACCUGGAACACCGUCUCCUUCAACAAAGGCGCCUCCCUCGUGUUCCCCACCUUCCUGGCCAACCACAGCCUGGACAUUUCCUUCUACUUCCGAACCACCGCCCUGUCCGGGGUCUUCCUGGAGAACGGGGGCUGCAGGAACUACAUCCGCAUCGAGCUCAACACCACCAGAGACGUGGUGUUUGCGUACGACAUUGGGAACGGGGACGAGAACCUGACGGUGAGAUCCCCCGUCCCCUUCAGCGAUGACGAGUGGCACCAGGUGAAGGCCGAGAUCAACGUGAAGCUGGCGCGCCUGCGGGUGGACAAGCUGCCCUGGGUGGUGCGGCUGGCCCCACCCCAGAGCUACGUCCGGCUGGAGUUCGACAGGCCCCUCUACGUGGGCUCGGCCGAGCACCGGCUGCGCCCCUUCCUGGGCUGCCUGCGGGCGCUGCGCAUGAACGGGCGGACGCUGAACCUGGAGGGCAAGGCCAACGAGACGGAGGGCGUGCGGGUGAACUGCACCGGCUACUGCCAGGACCCGCGGGUGCCCUGCCAGAACAGCGGGCUCUGCGUGGAGCGCUACAGCCACUACACCUGCAACUGCAGCCUCUCCGCCUUCGACGGGCCCUUCUGCAACCGCGACAUCGGCGCCUACUUCGAGCCCGGCACCUGGGUUCGCUACAACAUCCUGCCGGCCGAGCUCUUGGCCGCCCGCGAGUUCGCCAGCAUCAGGAGCCAGCCGCUGCCGGGCUACAACCUGACCAGCGAGGAGCUCAGCUUCAGCUUCCGCACCGGCACCGCGCCCGCCGUCCUGCUCUACGUCAGCUCCUUCCGCAGGGACUACGUGGCCGUGCUCAUCCGCGAGGACGGGAGCCUGCACCUGCACUACCAGCUGGGCACCGGCCCCUACGUCUUCCCGCUGACCACCACGCCCGUGACGGAUGGGAGGCCCCAUCGCAUCAACAUCACCCGCAUCAACCGCACACUCUACACCCAGGUGGAUUAUUUCCCCGUCAUGGAAAAGCAGUUCUCCUUGUUAGUGGACAGGAAGCUGGACUCGCCCAAGAACCUGUACCUGGGGCGCGUGAUGGAGACAGGCAUGAUCGACCCCGAGAUCCAGAAGUACAACACGCCCGGCUUCUCGGGCUGCCUGUCAGGGGUGAAGUUCAACAGCAUCCUGCCCCUCAAAGCCAUAUUCCGCCCCAGCGGCAGGCUGGUGCCCUACAGCAUCAAGGGGGAGCUGGUGGAGUCCAACUGCGGCUCCAUGCCCCUCAGCAUCAUGGACAUCCCCCCCGAAAUGGACCCCUGGUACAUGGGCACAGAGUUCCCCCACGUGCACGACGACGGCUGGAUCGGGAUCAUCACUGGCUUUGUGACCUUCUUGCUGCUGCUCCUGGCCGGGCUGCUGCUGCUGCUGUAUCUCCACCACCACCGCUACAAGGGCUCGUACCACACCAACGAGCCCAAAGCCGUCCAGGACUACCACGGCCCCAGCAAGCCCCUGGUCCCACACAAGGACCAGAACCUGCCCCAGAUCCUGGAGGAGGCGAAAGGCGAAUAGCCACUGGCUGCAGGGGAAGGAAGGGGUUAAUGCCUCAAACGCUGGCACCUCCUGCGUGGUGGCGGGAGGGGACCAAGCGC